AACAUACAAGCCGUUAAACGAUGAGCGCAAUAUCGGAUAUUCGAGUUGUGGUUGGUUUAGAUUUUGGAACCACAUAUUCGGGAUUUACCCUAUGUCAUGUUGAUGAUGAUGAUGAUCUCUCGAAAAUUAAGACAAAUACUGAAUGGCCCGGAGAGAUGGGGAAAUUCAAAACAAAUACAGUACUUCAAUAUGAUAACGACUUUAGAGAAGUUGAAUUAUGGGGUUAUCCGGCCUUGUGUAAGAGACCUAAUAGAAGAAGCAGAGAUAGUGAAACUAAACCCGUAGAAUUAUUUAAAUUAUUUUUGGGUAGUUGUUUGGAAAAAUACAAACCAAAAUUACCUGGAUCAUUAACUUAUAAACAAGCAAUUACUGAUUAUCUUAAAAAAAUUGGAGAGUUAAUAAAAGAAACCAUUCCUAAAUUUUGGGAUGGAAUUGACUUUAUGGAACAUAUUCUCAUAGUUAUUACUGUACCAGCUGAAUAUUCAGAAAAUGAUAAAGCUAUAAUGAGAGAAUGUACAUUCAAUGCUGGAUUGAUCGGCGAGAAAAAUUCGGAAAAAUUGCAAUUUACAACUGAACCCGAAGCUGCUGCAAUCUAUUGUAUGUAUAGUAGCUUAAGAGAAUACAGACUUACAGAACCUGGAACAACUUUUAUGAUUGUUGACUGUGGCGGCGGUACAGUAGAUUUAACAACACGUAAAUUAUUAGAAGAAAAUCAACUAGGUGAAAUUACUGAACGAACAGGAGACUUUUGUGGAAGUACUUUCAUUGAUAAAGAGUUUAUUAAAUUACUUAGACGUGAAGUUGGAGAUUCCGCCGUAGAUUUAUUAAGUGAUAAUCAUUAUGGUCAAUUACAAUAUUUAGUUCAUGAAUUCUGCCAAAAUGUUAAGUUACCAUUUUGUGGAAAUAAUCAAGAUUUUAAAUAUGAAAUUGAUCUUGAAGAAUCUGCUCCUGCAUUAUUACAAUAUGUCACUGGCUCAGAAAAAGAUUUAAUGGAAGAGAAAGAAUGGAUGAUUACACUUGAUUUUAAUACUAUUAAAUCCAUGUUUGAUCCUAUUGUUGAUAGAAUUAUUAAAAUGAUUCGGAUUCAGCUCGAUAAUUCUAAAAAAUGUUCAGCAAUAUUCUUAGUUGGAGGUUUCGGUCAAUCCAAAUAUUUACAGAAAAGAGUCGAGGAAGAAUUUAGUCGAUCGGUAGAAAAUAUCUCGAUUCCGAAUCAACCUAUUGCAGCGGUAGUACGUGGCGCUGCGAUUUACGGAAAAAGCUUACAAAAGUCAAGACAUUUGGGUAAAUUAAAUAAUUCAAAAUGUGUUAUCGCAACUCGCGUAUUGAAAUAUACGUUUGGAACUAAAAUAUCUCCUUCGUGGAAACCUGGGGACCCACCGGAACGACUCACAUUUGGUGGGAGAAUUCAAAAAUUUCACCGCAUUGCGGAACGUAGAACUGAAGUUACAAUUGAUCAAGAAUUCAAAAUUGAAGAUUUGGUUCCUGUUUUUGUAUUUGCAACAAAAAUGACUUUUGAUAUAUACUAUACACAUGAGCAGGAUGCUGUUUAUUGUGAUGAUCCUGGUAUGAAAUUUCUUGGAGAAUUUACUAUUAAUCUUCCUGAUAAGCACUUAGGAGCUGAUAGACCCUGUACACUUAGCUUAUUUUUUGGUGAUAUGGAAAUUAAAGCUAAAGCAAUUAACCAAACAAAUGGCCAAAAUUAUCAAACUAGUUUCGAUUUUAAUACUUUCUAGGUUAUUAUUUUAUGUGUUUCGAUCAUUAUUUAAUUAAUAAACAAGUAAAAUAUUGGAAUCAACA